CAGGAAACUACAACUGAUAUACUCUUAAAACAACUGGCAUGAAUGUUUUUGUGUUGUUUUAAUUUUAUGUGUGAAUGUAAUCGUAAAACGUGUGUUUGCACUCGGAUGAGAGAGGUGUUUCUAGUCCGUACCUGAACUCACCAGAGCCAGACUGUUGUCAAGAGAAACGUUGCAAACCGUAAUUAAACAUACGGAGGAUAGCUUGUAAGGGACGACACGUUUGGAUAAAUAUUCGUCGCUGUGAAAGAAAGAAGAUGUUUGGGUUUAUCUGGACGUACCUCUACACAUCCAUCCUGAGAUACUGGCUGAAGUGGUUCAUUCGUCAAGCAACAGGGAAAUGUGAACUGCAGAGAAUAUGUUCCGGACACAAAGCCGGGGCUACUAGGACAUCAAAAGCAGAAUAUUCUCUGAGCUCAUCAAAGAACAAGGUUUUAAGAGGAGCUUUGAAGACCAACAAGGAUCAUUUAGAGCAUUGUGUCGAUCAAAUCACAAAAGAGAAGAAUGUGAAACCACAAGAAGAUCCACUCUUCAAGGAAAGCCUUCGCAUCUGUCUGCUACAAAUAACAGGAAACAGCAGUCUGUAUAUAUCUGUGGAAGAGUUGAGAAAGGAAGUCUUCAACCCUGAAAACCAAGAACACGAGGCCAUGCUGUUGAAGCUGUGGGAUCUGUUGAUGCCAGCCGUCAAACUAGAAUCGAGGAUAACCAAACAGUGGGGAGACAUUGGAUUCCAAGGAGAUGACCCCAAGACUGACUUCAGAGGAAUGGGAAUGCUGGGCUUAAUCAACCUUGUUUUCUUUAGUGAAAACUACACAGAGGAAGCUCGUCAGGUGUUGUCUCAUGCAAACCAUCCUAAACUAGGUUAUUCAUAUGCCAUCGUUGGGAUCAAUUUGACGGAGAUGGCCUACAGUCUCCUGAAGAGCGGUGCUUUGAAACCACAUUUCUACAAUACAGUACCAGGCACACCUGAGCUCCGACAUUUUCAUCAGCUAUACUGUUAUCUGGCAUAUGAAUUUGAUAAAUUCUGGGUGGCAGAAGAACCUGAAAGCAUCAUGCUGUUCAAUCAGUACAGAGAGAAAUUCCAUAGCAUAGUCAAGACACAUCUACAGGACCCUGAUGUUACCCUCACAAUGACUGUCGGUUCUAACAACUGACAUUAUUCAAAUAUUCCCUCAUCUCUUUGGUCCAUGAAGUCGUUUGAUCCGGGUGCAAAUGGCAAGAUCCGAUCCUGAACAUUCAAAACAGGAACAUCUGGCCGAAGCGUUUUGGUCAUUCCUAAAUUCAAACUUGGUAUUGUGGACCAAUAAUUCAUUCGAAAAAUAAAGGGUUUCAAAAUAAAGCACAAAUCUACACUCUGUAAUUUAAAGAUGACCAUUCCAGUGUUUAUUAACCUUUUGUGAAGGAGAAAUGAGAGCUGCUGCAGAGAUCAAUUCUGUCUUUUGUAAGGAUUUAAUCACUAAGUGAGCAUGCAGCCAAUCGAAAUGUUAUUGAAAAAGAGCAAAUUAACUAGCAUAUUUUUAGCUGUUUUGAUUGUAUUUAUUUAAUAAACACGCAUCUGUUGCUUGUU